AUGGGGAAAAUGGGUUGUAGAAAUCCGAAAGCCAAACGGGGAAAGAGGCUCUGGGUGGGUACUUUUACUAACUUUGUGGUAGCUGCCCAUGCUUAUGAUGAAGCUGCGAUGAUUCUGUACGGCUCUUGUGCUCGCCUCAACUUUCCAGCAGGGUUGGAUUCAACGACGACAUCAAACUACUCUGAAAUACCCUUGAGGAAUGAGGAUGGAGAAAGCAUUGCUACAUCUUCUGCUGUUGAGGAAGAUCUUCCAGAGCUUUUCAACGAUGAUUUCUUUAAAGACAUGGGAUCAUUUUUCGAGGAUAUUGGUCAAUUGGGAUGUCUUGAUGUCAACGAUGGUCAAUUGGGGUGUCUUGAUGUCGACCAAUGUGAGGCACCUUCCGGAGUUAGUUAA